GCCAGAGGAGUAGCGACAAUGUUUAAUGCACCAUGCGGUGUCCGGACUUCAGUCAGUGAGAGGAAGCGUUCUAUGUGCUUAGGGCUGUGUUACGUGCAGACAAUACUAACUAACGAUUGUGCGUAUAUAUUAAAGACAAAUCAUCCGCUUUUCAGACAGCAACAGACAGACUUGUGGCAGAAUGCGGGGCUGUCGCUGACCACCUCCUCAGCAGCUGUCUCUCUGUGUGGACUUUGAAGAGGACGGACAAGGACAAAAUGCCACUACGGGAAUCAGUCACUCAGCUCUGUUUCGGACGGGGGAAAAAACAAUAAUCGCCCUUUAAAAAUCUGCUUUGGAUCUACCUUACUAUACAUUUGGAUUUUUUUAUCUCCCCAUAUAGUUUUCUCUCCGAACAGUUGUUUUUCCUGAAGAACGGUGACUCACUGCGGGCAGAAGGCGAGUCGCUGCAUCCUAAUCAGACAGCGGAGAGGACUUCAGCUCAUUGACAUUACAGUCAUACUUUUCUGGAGCACUUUUUUUUUAUUUCCACUGCGCUGCACUGUAGCCUGCGCGUGCAGCGGAGGCUUGUGGCUUUUCUCCCAGCACAGAGGACGGAAAGAGGAUACGGGUGGUGGGCUAACACGAAAGUGGUUAGAGAAUGAAACUCUCCCUAAACCCUGCUGGAACUGACUGUUUUGGUUUUUACAUUUAUAUUAUUUGGACUAUUACAGCACUUUUUUGGGUUGUAUGAAGAAACACUGACAAUGACUAUUUUGUUCGGAGACUGGAUCGCGAUUAUUGCUCAGAUGAGUCUGGGCGCUCAGCUGAAUAUAAAUUAGGUGUUCAGCGCCACAGAUUGCUGGAAGAGGCAGAGGAAGAGAGAGACAUAGCAAAGACAAUCCACAAAGACAGAUGCCAAGGCCUCACAUGAUGAACAGAACUCUUUUUUUUAAUCCUGAAUAAUAGAAAAAUCACAUUUGAACAAAAUAUCAACAGGUCAAAGGAAGCAUAGACACAAGACAGUUUAUAGCUGCUUUUACGGAGUGGGGAUGUAUCUUUCUAUUUUCUUUUUCCUCCUCCUAUGGGCUCAAGCCCUGACAUUGAAGAACUUAAAUUACUCUGUCCCGGAGGAACAGGGUCCAGGGACAGUGAUUGGGAACAUAGCCAAAGAUGCCAGACUCGGACUCGAACAGGUUGGGCCGGGACAGGGUAAGAAAGCCAACUUCAGGGUUCUUGAAAACUCAGCACCGCAUCUCAUCGACGUGGACCCUCAAAGCGGACUGCUGUACACAAAGCAACGCAUUGACAGGGAAACCUUGUGUAAGAGAAACCCCAAGUGCCAGCUCUCCAUGGAGGUGUUUGCCAAUGACAAGGAGAUCUGCAUGAUCAAAAUAGAUAUCCAGGACAUUAACGACAACUCACCCGCUUUCCCCUCGGAUCAGAUUGAUAUUGAAAUUUCUGAAAAUGCAAUGCCAGGGACACGUUUUCCCCUGACCAGCGCGCAUGACCCAGAUGCAGGGGAGAACGGCCUGAAAACCUAUCAAAUAACACGCGAUGACUACAAUCUAUUUUCCUUAGAGGUAAAAUCCCGUGGCGACGGGACUAAAUUUCCAGAAUUAGUUAUUCAACGACCAUUGGACCGCGAAGAACGAAGCCAUCACACCCUCAUUUUGUCAGCCACGGAUGGGGGGGAAUAUCCUAGGUCAGGUAACAUGCAGAUAAAUGUUAAAGUUAUUGAUUCCAAUGAUAACAGCCCUGUGUUUGAUCAACCAUCGUAUAUUGUGGAAAUUCCUGAAAAUUCUCCUCCUGGUAAAGUGCUGAUCGAUUUAAAUGCCACUGAUCCUGAUGAGGGCAACAAUGGACAAGUAGUCUAUUCUUUUAGUGGCUAUGCCCCAGAGAGAAUCCGGGAGCUCUUUUCCAUAGAUUCAAGAACAGGGGUCAUAAAGAUUCAGGGCGAAAUUGACUAUGAAGAGAGCCCAGUCAUUGAGAUUGACGUCCAGGCAAAGGAUCUAGGUCCCAAUCCAAUCCCAGGCCAUUGUAAAGUCACAGUUAAAGUGCUUGACAGGAAUGAUAACUGGCCAUCUAUAGGCUUUGUGUCUGUGAGACAGGGAGCCAUCAGUGAGGCAGCACCUCCAGCCACUGUCAUUGCUCUGGUCCGUGUCACAGACAAGGACUCAGGCAGGAAUGGGCAGCUUCAGUGCAGAGUGCUGGGUAAUGUCCCUUUUAAACUUGAAGAGAACUAUGAUAACUUCUAUACUGUAGUAACAGACAGGCCCUUGGACAGAGAGGCGCAAGAUGAGUAUAAUGUCACCAUUGUGGCCAAAGACAACGGCAUUCCUCCUCUAAACUCCACAAAAUCCUUCACCGUAAAGAUUCUGGAUGAGAAUGACAAUGUUCCUCGCUUUACGAAGUCAGUUUACCUUCUUCAAAUACCCGAGAACAACAUUCCUGGGGAGUACCUAGGUUCAGUUUUGGCGCAUGACCCGGACCUUGGCCAAAAUGGCACAGUAUACUACAGCAUAAUGAACUCCAAUGUGAGUGGGGGUGAUGUCAACACCUAUGUUAAUGUGAAUGCUGCUAAUGGAGCCAUAUAUGCUGUGAGAUCCUUUAACUAUGAGCAAAUCAAGUAUUUUGACUUUAAGGUUCUUGCUAGAGAUGCAGGAUCCCCACACCUGGAGAGCAAUGCUACAGUCCGCAUCAGUGUUCUCGAUGUCAAUGACAACAUCCCUGUCAUUGUUCUGCCCCUACUUCUAAAUGAUACGGCUGAAAUCCAUGUGCCGCGUAAUGUUGGUGUGGGCUACAUUGUCACCACAGUAAGGGCCGUGGAUAAUGACUAUGGUGAGAGCGGGAGGCUCACUUAUGAGAUCUCGGAUGGCAAUGAGGAGCACCUCUUUGAGAUUGAUCCAGUGACUGGGGAGGUUCGAACAGCCCACCCAUUCUGGGACGAUGUGAACCCCAUUGUGGAGCUGAUCAUUCGAGUAUCAGACCAUGGCAAGCCGACCCUGACUGCUGCCGCCAGGCUCAUCGUCAAGGCCUCUAACGGACGUCCCCCUGAUGGAUUGCCACGCACAAAGGACAAUCAGAACUGGGACAUGUCCCUGCCUCUUAUUGUAACUCUAAGCAUCAUAUCCAUCAUGCUUCUGGCUGCAAUGGUGACCAUAGCAAUCAAGUGCAAGCGAGAAAACAAGGAGAUCCGUACAUAUAAUUGUCGCAUUGCAGAGUACUCGCACCCUCAGCUGGGGAAAGGCAAGAAGAAGAAGAUUAACAAGAACGACAUCAUGCUGGUGCAGAGCGAGGUGGAGGAGCGGGAUGCCAUGAAUGUGAUGAAUGUGGUAAGCAGCCCUUCCUUGGCCACCUCUCCUAUGUACUUUGACUACCAGACACGACUGCCACUCAGCUCACCAAGGUCAGAGGUCAUGUACCUCAAGCCCACUGCCAAUAGCCUCAGCGUGCCCCAAGGCCACGUGGGAUGCCACACCAGCUUCACAGGCCCAGUCACCAGCACUACAGAUACACCUACUAACCGCAUGUCCAUCAUACAGACGGACAAUUUCCCCACUGAGCCUAAUUAUAUGGGUAGCAGACAACAGUUUGUUCAAAGCAGUUCAACCUUUAAAGACCCAGAGCGAGCAAGCCUCAGAGACAGUGGUCAUGGUGACAGUGACCAGGCUGACAGUGACCAGGACACCAACAAAGGCUCCUGCUGUGACAUGUCUGCAAAAGAAGCCCUCAAGUUGAAGGCUACAGGAGUGAAACCACCGCCUUUGGAGCAAGAUGAGGACUGUGUGAAUUGUACAGAAGAGUGCCGGGUACUGGGCCAUUCGGACCGUUGCUGGAUGCCCCAGUUCCCCGCUGGAGGAAACCAGGCCGAGGGAGUCGACUACCGCAACAAUAUGUUCGUGCCGGCAGGGAUGGAGACUGUGCCUGAGGCAGAGACCUACGAGACUGUCAACCCCAAUGGCAAGAAGACGUUCUGUACAUUUGGAAAAGAAAGGCGUGACCACACAAUCCUAGUGGCCAACGUUAAGCCCUACUUGAAGGCAAAACGUGCCCUAAGUCCACUGCUCCAAGAGGUACCCUCAGCCUCUGGUAGUCCUACCAAGAGCUGCUCAACCAUGUCUCCCUGCAAUUCAGUCAAAAGCCCAGCUGACGGAGCUGAAGGCAACCCUCCCCCUGCCACCUGCUCAGGCCACUAUGGGCCUCCUGAUGGUCAGUACCUGUCACCAACCAAACAAAGCAGAGACCAGGGGGUCUACCCACCAUUGCCUCCCAUGGACCCAGUGGCCAAGGUGCUUGCAGAAGCCCGCUCUAGGAUCAGCCAAGAGGCAACAGGGGAAAUGGAGUGUGUGCUGGAGCAGGUGGAGCCCGACGCAAGCCGUGACAGAAUGGACGCUGACCAGGUGGUCAGAGACAUCGACAAACUAUUGCAGGACUGCAGAGGAAGUGAGGCCACAGCCACACUCAGGAAGUGACACAAAGGACUGCAACAAAAUAUGUAUGAAGGUAGAGAGAGGAAUAUACUGCUAUUUCAAAAACUCUCAUGCCAAAACUGUCACCAAAACAAAUCAAAAAGGUUAAUGGGCUCUUAUCAUAGGAGCUCUUUUCUCUGUAUUGGUUGUUGAAAAUACUGACACUUAACAGACAAUGGGAACAUUUAUUCAUUUGGCACCCGUUUUGGGGCUAAGAUCGCUAUCAACAAAAAGGAACUGGGUAACAUCUGAAUUCUGAUGAAUUUAUAAACUCUUUUUGUUUUGGAUUCUUAAGCAAAUUGCAGAGA